GGCCGGGAAGCGCCUCGCCUGAGCCCGUCUCCGUUCCAGGCGCGCUGCGGAGCCCAGGCGGCGCUGGGGCGCCCGCCCAGUGGGAAGGCGGAGGGCCCGGCGGGCGGCGGCUGCGCCUCUGCGGGGAGCCCUGGCUGGCGGAAGAGGAGGCGGGCGCGGGGCUGAGCGGGCGGCGGCCGCGGCGAUGAGCUCUCCGCCCGGGCGCUGCUGAGCCGUCGCGGGCCCCUGCCUGGCCCUCCUGCCCGCGGGAAUGCUCCAGGCGGCGGCGGCGGCGGCGGCUUGCUGAGAAGCCUUUGCGGGACCCGUCCGGAGCGCCGAGCUAUUGUCGGGAGCUGCUGCUGCCUGAAUCGAUGGCGUACACCAUGAGCCCCGCCCCUUCUGUGCCCAUGGGUCCCCAGUACUGCGUCUGCAAAGUGGAAUUGUCUGUGUGUGGUCAGAAUCUUCUGGACAGAGAUGUGACUUCUAAAUCCGACCCUUUCUGUGUCUUAUUUAUAGAAGUAAAUGGGAAAUGGACAGAGAUCGACAGGACGGAAACAGCCGUGAACAACCUCAAUCCAGCCUUCUCCAAGAAGUUCAUCAUUGAGUACCGUUUCGAGGAAGUUCAGAAGCUGAAAUUUGCCUUGUUUGACCAAGACAAAUCGAGCAUGCAGCUCUACGAACAUGACUUUCUGGGGGAGUUUUCCUGCACCUUGGGAACGAUUGUCUCCAGCAAAAAAAUAACAAGAGCCCUCCUUCUGGGAAACGGGAAACCUGCUGGAAAAGGAAUGAUUACGAUAGCAGCCCAAGAACUGUCGGACAAUCGCGUGAUCACACUCAGUAUGGCUGGCAGAAAGCUGGAUAAAAAGGACUUAUUUGGAAAAUCAGAUCCAUUUUUAGAGUUUUAUAAACCAGGGGAUGAUGGGAAGUGGAUGCUGGUUCACAGAACAGAGGUGAUCAAAUACACGCUGGAUCCCGUGUGGAAGCCAUUCACUGUGCCUUUAAUAUCGCUGUGCGAUGGUGAUAUUGAAAAACAGAUCAAGCUUGUGUGUUUUGAUUAUGAUAACGACGGGGGCCAUGACUUCAUCGGGGAAUUCCAGACCUCUGUUGCUAAGAUGUGUGAAGCCCAAGAUGCCUUUGUGGUAGAAUUUGAGUGCAUUAACCCCAAAAAACAGAAGAAGAAACGGAGCUAUAAGAACUCCGGCAUCAUCAUAGUGAAAUCCUGCAAAAUCACCAGAGAUUACUCUUUCUUGGACUACAUCCUUGGGGGCUGCCAGCUAAUGUUUACGGUCGGAAUUGACUUCACAGCAUCCAACGGGAAUCCUCGGGACCCCACCUCUUUACACUACAUCAACCCCAUGGGAACAAAUGAAUACCUUUCAGCCAUUUGGGCUGUGGGGCAGAUCAUACAAGACUACGACACAGAUAAAAUGUUUCCUGCCUUGGGAUUUGGUGCCCAGUUGCCACCAGACUGGAAGGUUUCUCAUGAGUUUGCUAUUAACUUUAACCCAACGAACCCAUUCUGCCUUGGUGUGGAGGGCAUUGUCGAAGCCUACUCCAGCUGCCUGCCUCACAUACGUUUUUACGGACCAACCAACUUCUCCCCCAUCAUUAACCACGUGGCUCGGUUUGCGGCCCAGGCGACCCAGCAGGAGUCGGCAACUCAAUAUUUCAUCCUCUUGAUCAUCACCGAUGGGGUCAUCAGCGACAUGGAUGAGACGCGACAUGCCGUGGUGCAAGCCUCCAAGCUGCCCAUGUCCAUCAUCAUCGUUGGGGUGGGGAACGCAGACUUUGCCGCCAUGGAGUUCUUGGACGGGGAUAACCGUGUCCUCAGAUCCUACACGGGAGAGGAGGCCGUGCGUGACAUCGUCCAGUUUGUGCCAUUCCGCGAGUUCCGCAGUGCACCUAAAGAGACUUUGGCUAAAGCUGUCUUGGCGGAGCUGCCACAACAAGUGGUCCAGUAUUUCAAACAUCGAAACUUGCCACCCAUCAAUUCGGAGCCGGCUUAGAGCCCAGCCUGUCACGCUUUGCCUGCAUGUCCCCUCGAACUUGUCGAUGACAGAAGGUUGCAUGUCUCGCGUGGUUUCAAACAAUUUGUACUUUUCAUUUAACAAAUUGAUUUCAGAAACGCCACCCCUCCCACCAGCCCUUCCCGAAAGUGCAACUUGCGAUGCAAGAAACGCUGUGAUCCGCCCCCUCUCUCUACAUUCCUGGCGAAGAAAGAACGUUGUCCAUGCCGGACUGUUCCUAUCCGUUCCCCAUUCUGAGAACCAACUUUUAAGUAUUUUGAAUGUACUUUGUAUGAUUUUUGUGGAACGAGAGAAAAUUUUUACAAGCAAACUUUGCUCCUCCAUGCCCCAGUCCAUGAAGUUUUCUCCGUCUCAUUGCCCAAAGAAAUGUGGACAGUUCCUGGACGUGUUGUACUUGUACUUCUCACGCUCUAUGUACAUUUUUAUACUGUGGACAUGUCAUAUUUGUUAUACUCAGGUUAAUAAACAAAUUUGGUCUCUUA